AUGCCUCCAAUGGCCUUUCAAGGACUCGUAACAAAAGUCGGCUACAUGAAUAAGACGGCUACAGUUACAGUGUCGAGAUGGGCGAUCCAUAAACUCACUGGCAAGCGCAUAGAUAGGAGCAAAAAGUAUCUCACUCAUGAUCCUCAAAAUAAAUUAAGGAAAGACGACGUCGUUAUCAUUCGAAACUGCCCACCGAUUUCUGCUAGGAAGAGAUUCAAACUGGAAAGAAUCGUAAAAAGUCCGGAGACGGAGCGAGAGAAGUUGCGUGCACAGAGAGUGGAGGAGGCACAGUCCCAGGAUGCACAUUCAAAUUCACCUAUAUUACAAGCAUUAUCGUCGCCGUCGCCGCUGCCACCGUCUACUAUACAAGCUAAUGCUUAA